GGACCCGCUCAAUCGCGUCUCGUCUUCGGAAAACCACACUUGCGGCAUUUUCCACUGUUUUCACUCGCCGAUCACCGUGAAAAUUGCAUUGUCCGUCAUCAGAAAGGUCGAUAAACCCUCAUUUGUUUUCGCAUAGACGAGCUGGUACCUAGGCGAUAGGAUUCUCGUCUCGUCCCUAUCGGCCAAAUUCCAACCUCACCAACAGCAAUGUUUUAGCACUGCGAUGACCCGCGACGGGGAUAUCCCGACCAUCUUCAAUCCUCGUGGCCGAAACAGAGCUCCAAGUGUCGUCGUAACAGAGGAAGGUGUCGCGAAUGGCCCAUUCGCGCACGCUGAUUCUGUCAGCAGUCAACAGGAGUCGCAGGGUGCAGGAGAGCUGCUCUCGCCUGCUCCACCAUGCGGCAUAGCUGGGAAGCUGAAAUCCUGUUCAACGUCGCUAUGCUCAAAGUCGGCCAGGAAGAUUUAUUUUGGAAUAUGGGUGACCGUAUGCGUGACUGCAUCGUGGGUGGGAGCCACUCAUUGCAUAAAGUAUUUGUAUUUAAGAAGACCGAAAGACACCGAUGUAGAUGCCGAUCCUGUUCUGAUCCCACAUGACACCAGUGGGAUUAAUAUGACACUAGUUCAGACGAUAUAUACCACAUCGUAUCAAGCCCCAUUUUUCACCACAUGGUUCGUCACCAACUGGACAAUGCUCUUCUUUCCGUUAUACUUUUUAUGCAGAUUGAGUAACAGACGAUGCGAAUCGAUCUCCGACAUCCUCUCGGAGAGCAUCAGGGAUUUCAGGGAUAAAGGAUUCACCGCAGUGCGAUUCAUGACACGCUGCAGCCUCUUCUGUAUUCUGUGGGUCGGAACGAACUACAUGUACAUAAUGUCCUUAAGGAUACUUCUGGCGACUGACGUCAUGGCACUCUUCGCGACGAAUGUUUCUUUCGUAUAUCUUCUUUCUUGGGUCAUUCUACACGAACAGUUCGUCGGUAUAAGAAUAAUGGCUGUGAUAAUCUGCGACACCGGUGUAGCCUUAUUGGCUUAUAUGGAUGGCAUUACUGGGAGUCCAACACUUGGAGGAGUUGUUUUAGCUACUUCUGCUGCGGCUGGAUCAGCAGUUUACAAAGUGCUGUUCAAGAAAGUAAUUGGUGAUGCAACGUACGGACAGGUGGCGCUCUUCUUCUCACUCAUCGGCAUGCUGAAUGCGGCUUUCCUUUGGCCUCUUUGUCUGGGAUUGUUCCUUAUGGGUGUCGAGACGCUACACUGGGACAUGUUGCCGUGGCCAGCGUUGCUAACAUCAAGUGUUCUUUCUCUAGUUGCCAAUUUACUGGGUAAUUUUAGUGUAGCUCUUACCUACGACUUAUUUAUAACGUUAGGACUUAUAACAGCCGUCCCUGUAUCUGCAGCCCUAGAUGUUGUGUUAUACGGAGCAAGUUUUGAAGGAAUGAAGCUAGCUGGCAUGAUAUUAAUCGGAGUUGGAUUUUUCUUAGUAAUGUUCCCUGAUAAUUGGCCUGAUUAUAUUACCAGGCUUUUAAGAAAUAUCAUUAUGUUGAGUCACAGUGCGAGAUGGAGCAGACGAAGCCGGCAUGGGUCAAAUGGACCCCGUAACCACGUGGUGGACUACAGGACAGGAUACAUCAGGUCUCAUCUUAGAUCGCCGUCAGGACGCGUACGGUGACCUAGUCAAUCUUCGGAUGUUUUUCAGUAUGGCGAUACCUACGUGUCGCCAUUUUGAGAAUAGAUUGAAUAAUAUCUAUCGUUGGUGUAGACAAUGAAGAUUAUUUUUAGCAGACUAUUUUUUGGAUAUGGUAUAUGGUUCACAGGAGGUGCAAGUGUUCUUCAAACUAGAUGAUAACAGAUAUAAUAAUGAUAGAUUACUUAAUAGUUUCAAUUUGGUACAAAUUGUUAACAGAUCAACACAUAUUAUAACACCUACAUUUUAGACUUUGAUUUACUAUAUCAUCAUCAUUCUCUUUGUCUUGACCUCUAUGUAGGUUCAGCUUCCAUAAUUACAUUUCUUCGUAAGUUUCUAUCUUAGGUCAUGGUCAUAUCAAUAUCAACCCCUUUAUCGACAUGUUCUGUCUAGGCGUGUCCACCAGGAUCUCCUACUAGCAGAUGAGUAAUUCUUCGUAUGGAGUCUUAGAUAUAAUACUUAGCCACACCAUGACAAUAUGGGAAAGAGUAAUUGAUAGACGGAUAAGUGAAGAAACCGAAAUAUCCGAUAAUCAAUUUGUCUUUAUGCAGGGCAGAUCAACAACAGAUGCAAUUUUCAUUGUAAGGCAACUGAUCGAAAAACACAGGAAUAAAGAGACCAACGCUCAUAUGGUAUUCAUUGAUCUUGAGAAAGCAUAUGAUAGAGUUCCUCGAGAGAUUCUGUGGUGGGCACUCAAUAAGAAAGGAGUCCCUGGCGAAUAUGUAAAGAUUGUGAGAGAUAUGUAUAAGGGAGUAACGACUAGUGUUAGGACAGGUGUGGGAGAGACUGAUAAAUUUCAAAUGAAAGUAGGAUUGCACCAAGGCUCUACUAUGCAACUACAGGGUUGCAUUCCAUGGUGCUAAAUGUAUGCUGAUGAUGUAGUGUUAAUAGGAAAUAGUGAAAGAGACUUAGAACAAAAACUGGAACAGUGGAGACAAGCUCUGGAGGAAAAAGAUUUAAAACUUAGUAGGACAAAAACAGAGUAUUUGGAAUGUUCAUUUAAAGAUGGAGUUACUACAAAUAAAAUGGUAUCUUUGGAUGGUGAAAUGAUUGUGAAAAGCAAUAGUUUUAAGUACCUAGGAUCGGUAUUACAGAGUAAUGGAGAAAUAGAUGGAGAUGCAUGCAGUAGAACUAGGGCUGUAUGGAUGAAGUGGAAAGAAGCGAGUGGUGUAUUGUGUGACAGAAAAAUUCCAAUGAAGCUGAAGGGAAAAUUCUAUAAAACAGCUAUAAGACCGGCUAUGAUGUACGGAACUGAAUAUUGGGCAGUGAAAAAGAAAGAGGAACAACGAAUGCAUGUGGCGGAAAUGAGAAUUCUUAGAUGGAUGAGUGGAGUGACAAAGUCUAUGUGUGGCACCAAUUGAUGCCAAAAUGAGAGAGCAUAGGUUAAGAUGGUUUGGUCAUGUUCAACGUCGAGACGUCAAUCACCCAAUAUGAAGAAUAGCUGAAGUACAGAGUCCUGGAAGGAGUAGGAGAGGAAGACCAAAGAAGACCUGGGGGAGACGAUAAGGCAGGGCAUGUUGGUAAAAGGGAUUAACAUGGAUAUGACCCAAGAUAGAAUUGUGUGGAGAAAUGCAAUUAGGGAAGCCGAUCCCGCAUAGGGAUGACCUGAGAAUGGUGAUGGCCUGAGUUAAACGAUCGGAUCCAUCUUUAACAAUGAACAUCAAUGUCUAACCUUCGCUGAUGAUCUCACUCUUGAAAUGAAAACAAGAAAAGAAUUAAGAAAUAUUAUAAAGAAUAAAAAAGGAUGCAAAAUAUUUUGACCUAGAAAUAAAUCAGGAAUACUCAAAGUACAUGAUCCUCAAAAAUACAGAGCAAAAAGAAGAAGAACAGUUUACUUUUAGUGAAGUUUACUUUCAAAUAAAAUCCAUCAAGUGAAUAUAAUUUCGAUAGAGUUGUCCAUUUUACAUAUCUGGGGGAUAAUAUAGAAGAGAAAUGUGAGGAACAAUGGGAACUGAAUGCCAGAGUGGCAAAGAUACCACUGAUGAAAUCCAAAUAUGGAUCGAGAAAAACAAAAUUAAGGAUAUUAUACAACGGUAAUAAGGACCAUAGUGACGUACGGUAGCGAAGUAUGGACAAUAAAAAAAGCAAAUGCGGAAAAAUUGAAAAAUAUGGGAAAGGAAGCUAGAGGAACUAGAGCAACUAUAGGGAUCUAGAGGAACUAUAUAACAAACCGAGCAUCAGUCGCUUCAUAAAGGCACAAAUAAUGAGUAUGAUGGAGCGAUUGAUGAGAAUGGAAAGGAAGAGGUUGCCAAAGCUGGCUCUAAAACGGGGCCCAAUCACAAAAAGAAAAAAAAAGAAUAAAGAUGGUUUGACAGCGUACAGGAAGAUCUCAAAAAAGGGUUGGGAAGAAAAAGCAACAAACGGGAUGAAUGGAGGAGAAUAGUUCGUCACGGUAGGGGAGCAAAGUAUGCUAAAUUUGCAUUCACUCGAGCGUUAUGGGGACCUAUUGGGUUGUGAUUAUUAGGUCCUAAAACAAAAAAAAGUUAAGUAAAAUUUUCAAUUUUAGUGGGGACUUUCCAUUUUUUAAUUUAAUUUUCCAUUUCCAACAAUCGUUUUUUUCGACUAUAGCGCCAUCUAUCCAUAAUUCGAAAAAAUGUCUCGAAUAAAAGUUGCUUAUUUUUACGUAAAGAAUCCAAAUCUGCAUUAAAAAUUUGGGCGUCCCAUUUAAGAUUAUAAAGUAACCCACCUCCGUGUGGGGUGGUGUUUAGUACCAUUCGAUAGAUUUUUCAAAAACAUUUUGAAAGUGUAUUUUACAGUUUUUCGAUCGGAUGUUCAUUUUGCGAAAUAUCGCUGGAUUUGUAUUUAAAAUUCUAAAUUUACACCCCUCUCCGUGGGGUCCUGUUUAGCACCAUUUGAUAGAUUUUUGAAAAAUAUUGAAGACGUAUUUUUUAGCUUUUCGAUCUGACGUUGAUUUCGCGAAAUAUUCGCUUUUUUUGUGAAACUUUUUGACUCGCACAUUUCAUUACGCCCAGCUCAAAUCGUCAGAUUUUUUAAAUGUACACUCCUUUGCAUGUACCUAACUUACCUUAUCUUAAUCUGACAAUUUAGAGUAUUUUUAAGGAUAGAUUUUUUUUUCGGGCCCCUCUUAACGAACUUCCCUGUGUUAAGAUCCAAUAUAUGGUAGAGGUACAUCUGCAGGGUACCAGGUUUCUUCCCAUAUGAUAUUCUGACGCGCUCGAGUAACUGCAAAAAUCCCCGCUUGGGCUCCCCUACAAUCAAUUUAGUAGGCAAGGAGCAUGAUUGGACAAGUAGCCACGCCACUUAAUACAAGUUUUGUAAUAUUUUGAGUAUUAGAUUAGUUGGAGUUUAGCCCUAGGCCUUCAAUGUCUGUUGAGCUUUAAUAAUUUUCCAAAAACAUUAAUUGAACUCCUCUUCCAAAUGUUUCAAAUUUAUCAUGUUUUUAAAGUAGUGCCCGAUUUGGUGUUUCUUUUAAUUAGAAAUUUUUAUUUGAAUAAAAAAUAUUAAUACAUAAUACCAAAACCUUGCAUUUUCCUAUGAAUAUUGUACCAUAAAACGUAUACCUACUACAAAUAAAAUAGAAAAUAUCUAGCAUAGGUUUGAGAAAAAAUUUUAAACAUUUUUUUAAAAUUGUAAACGUACGCAAACGCUGAAUUGCUUCCAUAAACCACGUCGUAGAGAAGAGGGCGGGCGACUUGGCUUAUUACGAUUACGAUGGUAUACGGCAGGAGAAUGGGGGGCAUUAGUGUGCAUUCGACAUUGUUUGGUGUAUUUCAAUAAUUUGUCGCUAUUAUCCCUAUAAAUAUAUUUUUUUACUUACUUCUACUAGAGGGCAGCAUUAUUCAAAGUAUCAGAUAAUCAUAUCCUUACGAUGGUUACUGUCCUUCAGUUCAAUCCCAACUGGACCAACAUGUAUAUUUAUGUAAAAUUUGGUAUAUAAUUUUCCACCAAAAAAGCUGUAGAAAAAAACAAAAUAAUAUGUUUUGUUUUGAGUUCGUCCACAACAAAAAUUGCUAAAUAUAGAGAGUCUGAAUCUUUAUGCCUUUUGAAAGAUUCUGAUGAAUCUGAACAUUUAGAAUCGGUCGACGUAGAAAAUAUUAAAUCCUGAAUUAACUUUCCCCGUAGAAAAUAAAGAAGAACAACAAAAUAAUACUAUUAAUGACGUCAGCGAAUGUUGGGAAAAGAAGAAGGCUUUUAAAAUUAAUUAUGUAUGCUAUGUAUAUUAUUAAGUACAUGUUCUUAGAAUAGAAUAAAAUAGAAUAGAAUAGAAAUAUGCUUUAUUGUCACUGAAAAUUUUUACAAUUUUAUGGACAAAGCUUACAUACAGUCAAAAGAAAAACAUAAUAUAAAUAACAAAUAACAACUACAAUUUACUAAAAUUAGAUAAAUCGUCAAUAAUGUACAGUAUAAGAUAUAAAAGCCAAGACAAAAACAAUUUAUUGCAAAAUAUAUAUAAAUUGCAAAUUGAACAUACAACAAAAAAAAUAAAAUAGGUACAACAUAAGGAACUGACAAGUUUAUGCUACUGCGUAUGGAACCCAAUUUUCUUAGUUAUUCAUUAAGAAAUUCUUCUAUUGAAUAAUACGGUCUUUUAUAGAUAUAAUAUAGAUUUCUUUACUAACUCAGUGGAUGGAAUCGGUAAAUAAAUAUCAAAGAUUGAAUUUCUGGUGGAGUAAAGAUGAUUGGGCCUUGAUGGAAAGACAUGAAGGUGUUUACGAAUUAAACAAACCGUUUCUAGAAUAUAUAAAGAUGGAAGUGUUAAAAUUUCGUGAUCUCUGAAGUAACUUCUGCAAUGUGUAGAUCUUCUGAGGCCAAACAAAUACCUUAUUGCUCUUUUUUGCAUUCUAAAAAUGACAUCAAAUUGAGCUGCUGUACUAGAAAAAAAGGAAGACCAUAUCGAAGAUGAGACUCGAACAACGAAAAAUAUGUUAUUUUAGAAGAUGCUAAAUUGAGUUCCCUUGAGACAGAUCGUAUUGCAUAGCAAGCUGAGGCGAGUUUCUUACUUAAUGAAUCGAUAUGUAGGGACCAUUUGAGGUUGCUGUCUAAAAAAAUACCAAGAAAUCUUACAGAAUCAACGGUACUGAUCUGGCUGUUAUUAAGAGGCAAAGGUUGAAGAGCUCCUUUAUAGGAUAAUGCUACUGUUUUAUUUACGUUAAAAGAGAGUAAAUUAGAGUCAGACCAGUUCUUUAUCGUCAGUAGAUCCGAAGUUAUAGUUUCAUGAAGAGAUGCAAUAGUUGAGUUGCUCCAAGUGAUACUGGUAUCAUCAGCAAAAAGAACAAUUUUCCCAUUGAUUUUUAAAUUAGUGAUGUCAUUUGUAAAGAUAAGGAACAGUAUAGGACCCAAUACUGAACCUUGUGGUACUCCACAUACGAUGUUUUUGAGACUAGAGUCAGUGUCAUUUGCUCUAACUAGUUGUUUCCGAUUAUUCAAGUAGGAUUGGAACCAAUUCAAAGAAAUACCUCGAAUUCCAUAGAAAUUUAGUUUUGUAAUCAAGAUGUCGUGAUUUACACAAUCAAAAGCUUUGGCAUAGUCGCAGAAAACAGUGGCAGUAUAAAGAUUAUUGUUUAGUGCUUGGUAAACCUCAUGUAGUACAGAAAACAUGGCAUCAGUGGUACAUUUAUUUGUUAAAAAGCCGAACUGAUUUUGUGAUAAAAUGUUGUUAUCAACGAUAAAGGACAUAAGUCGAGUUUUAAUGAGUCUCUCAAUAAUUUUGGAGAGUACCGGUAGUAAGGCAAUAGGUCUAUAGUUGCAGGCAUCAGAUUUUUCGCCACCCUUAUGAAGAGGAAUAAUAAUGGCUGUCUUUAGGUACUCUGGAAAUUUACCUAUUUCGAAGGAAUCAUUAAUUAGUGAGAGGAGGAUUUCCAACACAUUUUCUGUGUGAUUAGAGAAAAUUUUUAUAGAUAGUCCAUCAGUACCACAGGAUGAUUUGCUUUUGAUACUAUUGAUUGUUUGGAUCAGUUCAGAGUUAUCGACUGGUCGUAAAAAGAAUGAAUUCGAGACCUGUCUUGAAUUAGGAAGAUAGGAAACGGGAUCUUGUUGCGGCAAAAUUGUUGAUGUUAUAUAUUUACUCACAUUAACGAAGUAGUCGUUUAGACUUUCAGGAUUUGGAAGGGAAAAUGAUUGAGCUGUGUGAGUUUUAUUUCGAAGAUCGUUUAUUAUAGACCAAGUUUCUUUUGCAACAAUUUUAGAGCUUCCCAGACGAUUUUGAUAAUAGGCUUUUUUAGCUGACCUGACAAGUUUUAGAUAUGUUGUCCUGUACUUCAUGAUACAUUCAGUGACAGCAACAUUGGUAGUAAAUUUCUUGAUGUAUAGUAGUGAACGCAUAUUCUUAGCUGAUAUGCGAAUACCUUUCGUAACCCAAGGUUUCCGAUGUUUUGGCUUAAUAGGAAUUAAAGGAAAUGCCUUAUUGAAGAUGUGGAGAAGCUUAUCUAGAAAAGCACUGAAAUUAUAGUCCACGUCUAUAGAAGGAAAUUGCCACUCAGAAGUUAAGCAUAAAUUUUGGAAUUUACGAAAAUUCUGGGCGGAAAAAAUCCUACCUUAACGUCGGGUUUUUGAGGAGGGAUUGCUGAAGAUAUUAAACUUCGUAUAUACUGCUUCAUGAUCAGAUAGUCCCGCAUUAAUAACUGUAGAGCAGACAUCAAGGGGUGAGAAAUCUGAGACAAUAUAAUCGAUUAUGGUAGAUGUAGUUUUUGUAAUCCUUGUAGGAGAAUUAACGUGCAUUGAGAGACCAUACGAUUCAAAUAUGUUUGCCAGGGACACUUGGGUAGCACUAGCAGCAGCAUAAUUAAUGUUAAAAUCACCGCAUAGAAUUUUUCUGCUUUUAUGAGGCAGGUCAUCUAACAAAUUUAGCAGGUUCUGAAAAAAUAGUUCCACGGUAGAAUCAGGUGAUCUAUGAAUGCAAAUAAUGUAAAGAUUAAGAUUUUUAUUAUAAACUAAGGCAAACUCAAAGAAGGAUUCACUUAACAAAAAGUCAUAAUUUGUUACCAGAGAAAAAUCAUUAUUUCUAGAGAGAAUCAGGGUGCCUCCAUGAGCCGAACUUGGACGAUCAUACCUGGCAAUUGUGGUAUAUUUUUAAAAAAAAAAAGGCUCAUUAACUUCAAGUCAGUGCUCUGUAACCGCAACUAUCGGAGGAAAUCCUAAUUCCUCCAGAAACAAAAAAUCUUUCUAAUCUUCUCUAAAUACUCUUCGUAUUUUUUAUUAAAUUAAAUUAUUUUUAAGUGGAUUAUUAAUCUGAAUUCAUUAUUCUUGUUAUAAUAAAUUUGUAAAUAAAGAUUUAUAGGUAAUUUUAGGAAAUAAUCCAAAAAUAAAAUUGAUUUUUUUUAAUCUCUGAAAAGGAAGGUCGUGAGUUGCAUAUGUAAUGUCGACAUGAGGGGGGCUCGACUGUAAACUACGAUUUACUACGAAGGGGAGGAAGGAAAUUAAAAAAUCCAAUUUUUUUACGACGUAGUUUAUGGAUGUUCCCUAUUAAUACUCUUAUAUCUCUAAAUAAAAUUGUCUACUUGUUUUCUAGUCAUAGACAAUGAAAUAUUAAUAUUUAUAGUACAAUAGAAAUAUCUAAAGACUUUUCCCAUAUUUUAGUAGGAACUCUUUCGCUCAAUGAAAUAUAAAAUUAGACGAAGUUCAGUCUCUUAUAGAAUUUUAGCAGGUUUUUGGUAGUUAUUUAAACGUUUUCAUUCUUCAUUCUUACAUAUCGUUAAGAUUUAAGAAAUAUCAAUUAUGAAAUAUCUACAAUCUUUUGACAAUUAAACAGUUUGUGUUUUCAACAGGUAACGACCACAUAAUGGUAAAAUUUAUUUUAUCAAAAAGAGCUGGACACUUCUUCUACCUUGACAGAGUCCAGGAUACACACAGUCCAGGUUCUACACCUACCUGGACCCAGUCUGAUAAUAUAACUGAAUUUGAAGACCACAUCAACAGCAUUGUCGAAAGCAAUAAGGAUCGAAACCUAAGAGAAACGCUCUGAAUGAAAUUAUAAUAGAAGCUAUAUAGAAAAACUAGAAGAUACACUGCCAAAAGAAACCAUAUCACGGAAGAAUAAGUCCCCAAACACAAGCAUUAAUGAAAAACAGGAGAAAAAUGCAAAGUAAUAGAAGUAAAGAACACCAUAAACACCACUAGAGAUAAGUAAAAGAAUACAAAAAUUCAUUAUGAUAGACAACCGAAAGCAUAAAAAUGAACAAGCCAGACAAACGAUUGAAGAUAACAAUAGCCUUAAUGUUAUAAAGGGAAAAUGAACAAAAGGAGAAAAAGAAAUAAUGAAAUUAAAGCCGCGUUUACACGAUGACAUUUGGCGAGACAAUUGUCAGAAGACAACUGACUGGCAUGAAAUUAUUGUCUUCGUCUAAACACUUCAGGCCAAUUGCCUUGCCAACUGCCCUCACAAUUGGCCCAAAAUUCAGUUGUCUCCGGUAGUAGACUGAGGCCAAUGAGCUGCGCCCAGUGAGCCCCCCACCACUCGAAAUCUCAAUUGUCGCGACAAUAGGCGCCGUGUGAACGGUGUUGGCCAGUAGUGCUGUCUUGUUUUUUGCCGGUUCCUUCUAGUUCUCUUGUGUCAGUCAAAACAUACACGUGGUUUGUGUUAUUUGUGUUACGUCUACUGCCAUGGCAAUAGUUGGCCCCGUAUAAACAUCUUCUCGUUCAACUGGACUGGCCUCCGACAAUCCGCAACCACGUGAUGACAAUUGUCUCGCCAAUUGUCAUCGUGUAAACGCGGCUUAAAGGAUAAAGUUGAAAAUAUUAUCAUCACCAACAGAGAUAAAUUACCAAGGAUAGUAGAAGAUUUCUGUACAGAAUUAUGCAAAGUCGACAAAACCAUUAUAAGCAACUAACAGAAAAGUUAGAAAACUCAGGAAAAAGAUUAGUCAAACAAAGAUGAUAAUUAAUUAUUUAUAUGGGAAAUAAGCCACAAUUAAAAUGAAAAAAAAUAAUUUUAUUAACGUUUCGACGCCCAAAUCGGGUGCCGUUGUCAAAAUACAAAAUAUUACUAAAAUAAACUAAAGUGUUGUUGCUAAGCAAAAAAAAUUCUUCUAAUAAUUUAUUUAAUCUCACUCAUUUAUAUUGGCAAUUCAGAUAUAUAUUAUACAUUUUAAAGUAGAAGACUUUAAAAUGAUAUUGCCAAUAUUUUAUGAGUUGCGUUCCUGGGACGACUUACUGAAAGAUAGUUCAUUCGAUUACAUGAAAUUAACCCCAACUCAAGAAUAUCCGUCAUAAAAAAUUAUAGCAUGUGAUAUGUCUUUAAAAAGACAACCAAAUGCAACGACAGUAAAAUUCUCGCGUUAGAGACUUCAUAGUAAAUCACAAGGGAAAACCAGGAAAAACCCUGUGAUACUAUCCCGACAUCGUAAGUAUUUGAUCUUACAUUAAUUUACUCUCAAAAAAUAAUACCAAAUUCUGACUUGUAACAUGUUUAAAUUAUAAAUAUUAUUAAUAAUACUAGAUAUAUAAGUAAUAUUAAAAUAUAAAAUAUGUACUAGCUCGAUAUUAUUGACUUACUAAUCUUGGUAUUUUCUUUCUAUUGACUUCCUCUUUCAGUAUGGGUAACCACAUCCUACUGCAUUCUACCGAGGAAUUUGCGACACAAUUGGUUUCAUUUAGCAUAAUUAGAGCCGCUUCUUUGAUUUUUCUCUUUUUACUAUCUGAUUCUUUCAGGACUAUACUUGAAUCUCUCCACUGAACUCUAUGUUCAUUAUCCCAUGCGUGUUGACAUAUUUGAGAUCUCUCAAAUUCUCUAUUUUUAAUAUAAGAUUGAUGUUCACUUAUUCUAACGUCUAAUGGUCUUGAUGUCUCACCUAAAUAAAAUUGUUCGCAUUCACAAGGUAUUUUAUAAAUGCAAUUUUUUGUUCUUUCUUGAUCAUUGUUAGGUUUAGUUUUAGAUAGAAUAGAUCUCAAUGUGUUUGUUGUUUUGAAUGUUGUUGAAAUGCUGAAUUUAUUUCCUAUUGUUUUAAGUUUCUCGGAUAGUCCUUUUAUAUAUGGUAUUGAUAUUUUCCUCGUAUUAUUUCUGGUGAAUGUUGUAGGAUCCCGUUCUAAGUUGUUCUGUUCCAUUCGAUCCAAUCUUGACAAUUCCUUAUUUAUAGACGAUAAAGGAUAAUCAUUUUUUAAUAAAACAGAUGUUAACAAUUGUUUUUCUGCUAAAAAGGAAUUUUCGUUAGAACAAGUAAUUUUGGCUCUAUCAUAUAAGGAUUUAAUGAUUCCCUUUUUAACGUUGAUGUUGUGAUUUGACUUGUAAUUGAGAUAUCUGUUGGUGUGUGUUGGUUUUCUAUACACUUGAGUCUCAUAUCCAAUAUCCUUCUUUGAGAUCAAAACAUCGAGGAAAGGUAGGCUGUUAUUGUAUUCCUUUUCCAUUGUAAAUUUUAUUGUCUCUUCUUGAUCGUUUAUAAUAUUCAGGAAUGUAUCCAACAAUUCUGAUCCAUGAGGCCAUAUUGAAAACACAUCAUCUACAUAUCUCCACCAUACUGUGGGUUUUAAAUUUUGUUUAGAAAUAAUAUUAGUUUCGAAAUCCUCCAUAAAUAUAUUAGCCAAUAAUGGAGAUAAAGAAGAGCCCAUUGCUAGACCAAAAUUUUGUUUAUAGAAUUCAUUGUUUAGUUGAAAAUAGGUAUUAUGGGUACAUAAUGUCAAUAUAAAUGAGUGAGAUUAAAUAAAUUAUUAGAAGAAUUUUUUUUGCUUAGCAACAACACUUUAGUUUAUUUUAGUAAUAUUUUGUAUUUUGACAACGGCACCCGAUUUGGGCGUCGAAACGUUAAUAAAAUUAUUUUUUUCAUUUUAAUUGUGGCUUAUUUCCCAUAUAAAUAAUUAAUAAAAAAAAUGCCACAAGGAAAUAGCUUCAGAACAACAUAAAGAUGAUAAUUGAUGCCUGAUAUAUAAGCAAACGAAAUAAGGAACGCACUGAAGAAAAUGAAAACAAAUGUAGCUUCGGAAGACGAUAAUAUCGUUAUAGUCCAGAAAAAUAAGGUUAUUGUCAGGACACUUGAGCAGCCAGGUUGCAAAUCGGUUUUUUGGGUACUAUAUACCUAAUACAUUAUAAAUUUAAAAAUGCCCGUCACAGUUCGGACGAGAAUUUUAGUUAUUAACAAAUAAGCGUUAAAAAUGGCAGUUUUUCGUUUAAAUCGCUACAGGUAAAAACAGGGUAAAUAUCUUAUUAGAGUAUUCAUCUUUUAUCAGAUGAGCAAAGGUUCAAAAUGGCAGUUUUUGAAUUUUGGUCCGAUUAUUUGUUGCUACGUAUAUUGCAAAAUAAAACUAAAAUUUCGAAAAUAAAAAUUUGCUAUAACUUUUGCGAAAAUUCACUUAAGACUUUGAUAUUGCAUGAAAAGUUGAGUCAACCAGUACAUAUAUGAUGCACAAAAAAUUUUAAGACGAUUCGUCAAUUAGUAUAAAUUCUAUUCAAUUUGUUUAUCCAACAGAGCUUUUUUUGCAAUGUUAUUGUUCAGAAAAUAAUAAGGAUACAGCAAUUACGUGGAAGGAGCAUGAAAGAAGAACACUUAUAUUUUUAAUGCAUUUAAAAAAAUCUAUAAAAAGUCAUUUUUAUCAUUCCUAAAACAUUUUACUAAAGUAGAGUCAUUAUUGGCUCAUAAACAAUUUGAAUAGCUCUGUUAAUAUUGACUGUAGAGUAAAUCUACUUUGGGAUUUCAAAAGCUGGUAUUUUUACACGAAUUUUCGAAAAAAGACUUUUCGCCUAGGUUAAUUUCGGUCAAAGUUAGCCACUUUUAUUAUUUAAUUCACAGUUACUUCAAUAUACAAAAAAUUCUCCUGUAACAGUGAUAGUUACCAUAAUACUCCGAAACGGCUUGGCCGAUAUUUAUGAAAUUUUACACGUAUAUCCUAUAGGACUGAGAAUAGGUUUAAAUCUAUUUUUCAUACCCAUAAGUUAUAAGGAGUGUUGACCCCUGACAUUUUUUUAAUAUGUAUAUGUAUAUU